GGCCGCCGCCGCCGCUCCGUCCGCCCGGCUCUGCGCCCGCCGCGCCGCCUCCCGCGCCCCGGCUCCCGGCGCGGACCCCGCGGGGACUCGGCACCGGCGCCUCCCGUCUCGGGGCGAAGCCUCGACCCCCCGCUGAGCGGCGAGCGGGUGGGGGCGGGGGCCGUGUGAAGAUGGCGACGCCGGGAAGCGAACCCCAACCUUUCGUCCCUGCCCUCUCGGCGUCUACUCUGCACCCCCACCCCCACCCCCACCACCCCCACCACCACCCCCACCACCCCCACCACCCCCACCACCAGCACCUCGGAGGGCCCGGGGCCGGCGGCGGGGCUGCGGGCGGCUGCGGCUUCAACCUGCCCUUGGCCCGGGGGCUGGAGCGCGCGCUGGAGGAAGCCGCGCACUCGGGGGGCCUGAACCUCAGCGCCCGGAAACUGAAGGAGUUCCCCCGGACCGCGGCGCCCGGGCACGACCUCUCGGACACGGUGCGGGCAGAUUUAUCUAAAAACAGACUGGUUGAAGUUCCAAUGGAAUUGUGCCAUUUUGUAUCACUGGAAAUCCUUAAUCUAUAUCAUAAUUGUAUCAGAGUCAUUCCUGAGGCCAUCGUUAAUCUGCAGAUGCUGACUUACUUAAACUUGAGUCGAAAUCAGCUGUCCACCCUGCCUGCCUGCCUGUGUGGUCUGCCUCUCAAAGUGUUAAUUGCAAGUAACAACAAACUCGGAUCACUGCCAGAAGAGAUUGGUCAGCUCAAACAGUUAAUGGAGUUGGAUGUCAGCUGCAAUGAGAUCACAGCCUUGCCCCAGCAGAUAGGUCAAUUGAAAUCUCUACGAGAACUAAAUGUCAGAAGGAAUUACCUUAAAGUCUUACCACAAGAACUAGUAGAUCUUCCCUUGGUAAAGUUUGACUUUUCCUGCAAUAAAGUGCUCGUGAUUCCCAUUUGUUUUAGAGAGAUGAAGCAGCUGCAAGUAUUACUACUUGAAAAUAACCCUUUGCAGUCUCCUCCAGCACAGAUUUGCACAAAGGGCAAAGUGCACAUAUUCAAGUAUCUGAGCAUACAAGCCUGUCAGAUUAAAACAACUGACUCCCUUUAUCUGCACACGAUGGAGAGGCCACAAUUACAGCAGCAUAUGGAAGACAGCAAGAAGGAUUCUGAUUCAGGCGUUGGAAGUGAUAAUGGAGAUAAGCGAUUAUCAACCACAGAGCCUUCUGAUGAAGACACUGUUAGCCUCAAUGUCCCAAUGUCAAAUAUCAUGGAAGAAGAGCAGAUCGUCAAGGAGGACUCAUGCCAUCACCUUAGUCCCAUAAAAGGGGACUUUCAUCAGGAAUUUCAAUCAAAGCCUUUCCUUGGUCACAAUGACAACUCUGGAGAAGAAAGAGACCAAUUUACCCAUGGAACAGAUGUUCUCCAAUCGGAAUUUAUAAAUUAUAUUAAGGAUAGGACAGAAGUCUAUGAAGAGCCAUUACGGAUAGAAGAGGAUAUACACUGGCAACCCGAGGGAAUUUCAUAUAAAGACCAGGAAAUGACUAUAGCAAUGAUUGAACAGCUGAGAGAAGCAGUAAAUUUGCUGCAAGAUCCCAACAGAUUAAGCAUUGAUAUUACAGAGAAAAAUGUGGUAAACUUUUAUCCUAAGGAAUCAGCAGAAGGCUUAGAAUUACAAGAUUCUGCACUGAAUGGUCAAAUGCAGCGGGAGCCAUCUCCGGUGUGUGAGGUGCAAAAUAAUCCAACGUCACAGAGUAAUGGGAGCGAGUAUUCUCCAGAUAAGAUUAGAGAAAACUCCCCGGAAGUCUCUCCAACCACCAGCAGUACAGCUCCAUUUGGCCUGAAACCUCGAUCAGACCCAGCCCUCACUCUUCCUAUCUCCUUCAACAAACUUACACAGGCACAAACAUGGGACAACUCUAGCUACAGUGUUCCAUCUGAAGGAGACAGUGACAAUGUAUUUCUAAGACCUCAGAGAAAUUUGGAAUCUAUAGACCCACAGUUUACAAUUCGGAGGAAAAUGGAACAAAUGAGAGAAGAAAAAGAACUGGUGGAACAACUCCGUGAGAGCAUUGAGAUGAGACUCAAGGUCAGCCUGCAUGAAGACCUGGGGGCUGCGCUCAUGGAUGGUGUUGUCCUCUGCCAUCUGGUCAAUCACAUCCGCCCGCGAUCUGUUGCAAGCAUCCACGUCCCCUCACCAGCAGUUCCCAAGCUUAGCAUGGCCAAAUGCAGAAGAAAUGUGGAAAACUUUUUGGAAGCAUGCCGAAAAUUAGGAGUACCAGAGGCUGACCUCUGCUCUCCGUAUGACAUCCUGCAGUUGGAUUUUCGUCACAUUCGAAAGACUGUUGACAUUCUGCUGGCACUCGGGGAGAAACCCCCACAACCAACUUCUGCCCUCCGCUCCAGGGACCUUAUAAGCUUCUGUCUUGUCCAUAUUCUCUUUAUAGUGCUAAUCUAUAUCACUUACCGCUGGAAUGCCCUGUCCGCAUAAAGUCUGCAUGUGCAUCCAAGCGCUCUGCUCUGUCCCUGAGCCAUUAGGGUCCUUCCUCCAUCUGACCCUUUGCCUUGCAAACUUCCCUGUUAUCUCUUCAGUAGUCUCUUGAGUUUUGAAGCUGAACUUUUGCCAAUCAGAUUUUCCAAAAGCACAAACUUAUAGAAUGCGGUUCUCUUUAAGUAACUUCUCACUUACUGAAAAACAGUGAGAACAAAGUAUAUUCACACCUCAUGCUUCCUCAGCCACAGCCCACAUCAUGCCAGCAGGAGUGCUAUACAGAUCCUCUUCCCUCUUCCCAGUGAGCUUCACUGUUUUAGGUAGAGUAGAAUUUCCAGAACAGGAGCAAAAGGGAAUAUGAAAAUCUUUCCUUUGCAGUAUUUAAGUUCAACCCAAUUCAGGACUGGGCAAUUGAGUUGUAGGGGUUCCCCACUCUCCUUGCAAAGGAGACAGAAAAACAGCAUUUUUGGCCCAAUUUGGUCUAUAAAACUCUUCAGUAAAAACAAAAACAAAAGAACUAUUGACCAAAUUGAAAAAUCCCAUCUGGGCAAUGACUACUUUGCUGGUCAUUUAGUUGGGUUCCUUGCUGCUUCCUACUAUGGGAGCUGUGAGGGGCACCAGGGAGGGUUGCCGCCCACUUCUACCCUGAGCCAGCCCUCUUGGCCUGCUGCAUGAGGCAGCGGCACUAGGGAAGGAAGGCCCAUCGGUGUUAAGAGCACUACCUGGGAGAUUUGCUUGCACACCAAUUCCCAUAUAUUUUUACUUCUCCUUGUUAGCCUCUAGAGGAGAGAUUUCUAUUUUUAAAUAAUGUAAUGGGUCAUUUUGGCUUUUGCUACAUCACAUUCUAACAGUAGAUCCAGAAUGUGAUAAAUUUGACUAUUUGUUUUUAAAUAAAGCCAUGAGUCAUGGAACAUUCUUGGUCCUGGAGCCUGGUUUCUGUGGCAGGAGCUAAUAAUAAUAUUGCUCUUAUUUUAGAAGAAUGUAAUUUAUCUAAAUAAGUUGAAAUUUCCAUUUAACCAUUGUUAGCAUAAUGUUUUUAUUUUUAAGUAAGCUUAAAGGAUUAUAUACUAACUAUAUCUGCUUUGGAGCAAGGUGGUCAGUUUGUAUUGAAAAGACAAAAACAAUAUAAUUUAAUCUAGGCCAAGAUAUUUCUGGUUCUGGGUUGUCUUUUUCUAAUAUGAGAAAGCCCUGCUCUAAGGUUAAGACAAUAUCUCCUACUUUCCUUUUAAUCUGGUUGCCAAAUAUUGUUUAUUAAGUUGGGGAACUGAUGGAGUUAACUUCCUCAAGAUACUAGUAAAUUUCUAGUUUAAUGCGAUGCAAGUGAUCUUUAUAGACAGCUAUUAAAAUGAUAAUUGUAUUUUUAUGAACAUUUCCAUGAAUCUGGGCUACUUGAGGAUGUAGAUAACCCAUAUAGUUAGACAAGUAUAUUUAUAAAGAUUCUUCGUUGCUAAGCAGCUCAGAUUUUCUAACAGGAGAUGACGUGAUAAUAUCUUGAGUUAACUGAACCUUUUCCUUCUGAGUUUGUGUUGAUUGGUGAAAUACAGGGUAUGUGAAGUUACCGAAUUAACCUCAGUUAUGUAUAAAUAACCUGCAGAUGUACUGAAUUGUCUUUGGUGCUAACUUGUACUCUUCAAUCUGUAACAAUAAAAUCCCUUUAUUCAAUGUC